AUGGCGCCUCUUGAGAACCCUAAUUUGGAAGGAUACCACGUUGCCAGAGCCAUGUGGUUGGAAUACUACAAUCCCAAAGCUGGAACGUAUAUUGCCAAACAAAAAUGUAGUGGCUGUUACAAUGACGAUAAAUUCGUUGUCUGGGCAGUGUCAGUAGCUGAUCAAGCAAUUGUUGAUGCAGCAAGGAUAUACCCCGAGUUCAAACCGUUGAUCCAGCCAGCUAUAGCAGUUUUCCAAAAGUACAAAAAUAAGCACAUUAAAGGUUAUUCAGCUGCUGAAAAUAGUGGUAACGACAAGGACAUCUAUUAUGAUGAUGACGCACAAGUUUGCAGUGCUAUGCUUACCGCUUAUGAAGUGACUGGAGACAAAACUUAUUUGGAUCAAGGUAGAGAAUUGGUUCGCUUUUUGAUGGGCGGCUGGAAUGACAAUCCAAAAGCAGUCACCAAGGGUGGAAUGCAUUGGCAUAUAUCUAAAAAUCUAUUGAAUUCAUGUACUACAGCAGAAGUUGCCAAGGCAUGCUUGCAAAUUUCCAAAUUCAUCCCCAAUGAAGCACAAGUAUACGUUGAGUUUGCCGCUAAAUGCAUCGAUUGGCAAAUCAAGGUGUUACAAGACCCUUCUGAUAAGUUGAUUCGCGAUGGUGUUGGCGAGGACAGCGAUAAAGUCGAUGAUGCCAAGUGGUCUUAUAACACAGGAACAACAUUAUCAGCAGCUUCUCACUUGUAUCAAAUCACCAAGGAUAAUAAAUGGUUAAACAUUGCAAAUGAGUUGGCCGAGGCUGCAAUCAAUCACAAUUCCUUUUUCUACGACCGUGAUUUUCCAGAUAAUUUGAGAUACUGGAGAGAUUCAUCUUAUUUUGUUCAGCUUUUAAUUGAGGGAUUAGCUGAUUACUUACUUUAUGUAGGAAAAGAUGUUCCCCAGGGUUUACCACAAAGAAUUCACGAUGAAGUAAGAAGACAUUUGAUUAUGUUUUACGAAUUUAUGAAGGAUCCAAAAGAUGGCGGAUAUAUACAAAGCUUUGAACCUCAUAAUACAUAUAAGCAUGUAUACGAUCAGAAAUACCAUGAAUGGUUUGGUGAUGGCAAACAAUGGAGUUUGAAAGGUGAAGACAAGGAUAGUAAUGGAAAUCCACAAAAAUGUCUUAUGGGUUACGGCUCAGCUGCAAGAGUAUUUUUCCAAGGUGCAAGAAUUGUGCCAAAAAUUUAG